GAAAAUAAGGGAGAAAAGAGAGUUGAGCAGAAGAGUGUUCUGUUGUGCAUUGGCAUCACAACUCACUAGGGUUUGGUUUGUGGACUGUGGUAGCGAAGAAGAAGCAGAUGGGUAAUCCACGGAAACCAAGUACUGCCGACGAGCUUCACAUGGCGGCAAGGUCCGGUGAUCUCAUCGCCGUUAACUCAAUUUUGGCUUCAAAUCCUUUGGCCGUUAAUUCCAGAGAUAAGCAUUCCAGAACACCUCUACAUUUAGCAGCGUUUUCUGGGCAAGCAGAGGUAGUCACUUAUCUCUCCAAGCACAAGGCUGAUGUUGGUGCUUCUGCAAUGGAUGACAUGGCUGCAAUACACUUUGCUUCACAGAAGGGGCAUUUGGAAGUUGUUCGCGCGCUACUUUCAGCUGGGGCCUCUCUCAAAGCCGCCACCCGCAAAGGCAUGACUUCAUUACACUAUGCUGUUCAAGGUUCCCAUAUGGAACUCGUCAAGUACUUGGCCAAGAAAGGGGCAAGCCUUGGUGCCAAGACAAAGGCAGGAAAGACCCCUCUAGAUCUUGCUACCAAUGGAGAAAUCCGCUCCUUUUUGGAGGACUUUGAGAAGUCGACAAAGAAUGGAGAAUUGGGAAACAAAGACAAAGAUAAAGCUGAAGAAUCUGAUCUAAAGACAUCCACAUUGGGAUCUGAAGGUGAUUUGAGUUCUGAACCUGCUGCAGCUGCUGUUGAUGAAGACGACAAUGAAAGAGAGAAGAGGAAGGGUAACGAAGUUGAUGCAACAGAAGAGUCAUCGCAACCAAAAAAGGCUAGAGUUAACUUAAGCCAUCUCCAAAGUUCAGACGAUACCCAAGAAGAAGAAAGCCUGUAGUUUUUUUUUUUGGCAGAAAACCUGUAGUUUUUAUGUUGCAGAUGAUACCCAUAGUAGAACUAAAAUAUUGUUAUUGUAACAUAGUAUGUUAUAGUAUCUGAUUUGGUAUCCCUUUGUUGGGUUAGUUGGCUGGACUAUCGGUUGACUGUUAAAUAACAACUGAUUCUAGAUUAAUACAAUUUUAUCUUGACAAUUUC